AUGACAGAUCAACAACAGGCUGAGGCACGGCUGAGCUCCGCCAACCCUCAUGACCCUGAAGCUACCGAUCCGACGUUACUGAGGGAGAACUCGGAGAUCCGUGAAUACAAGACGGGCCGCUACACCUAUUCCGGCCUCAGAAUAUUCUACAAGCGGCACCUCCAAGCAGACCAGCUGCCCAAACCGCCUCUUCCUCUGCUGGUCUUUAUCCAUGGGCUCGGGGGUUCUGUGGCCCAGUUUCAUCCACUGUUGACGAGCCUUGUUCAUAUAUCGUCAUGCUUGGCCAUUGACCUGCCCGGAUGUGGCCGCUCCGAGUUUACCGAGCAGGCAUGGGAUGCCUACACCCCGGAAGCGCUAGGAGAGUUGCUUGAGGUCAUCAUCGAUGAGUACCGUCAGAGAGAGCCUGACCGCAGCGUUGUCCUCAUUGGCCAUAGUAUGGGAACGGCCAUGUGCGCACGACUGGCGAGCCGCAACGUUCCGCAGAAGACGAAGCUGCGGAAGCAUGUUGUUGGGCUGGUUGCCAUCUGUCCCGUAGCUGGGCCACCAGUGGAAAAGAAAACGAAGAUAUUCCGCACGCUGCUGUGGAUUCCAGGCUGGCUCUUCGACUUGUGGAGGGCGUACGAUCGAUGGGGAGGCCCGCAAAGCGCCAGCGUCAGUCGAUUUGUAGGUCCUGAGGCCGACCUCGAGCUUCGUAAGCUCCAGGACCGUUUCAACACCCAGAGUCGGACCCCUGUAUGGCGCAGGAUGGCCUGGGGUUCACUUCCGACUUUUGAAGACGGAGUUGCGAAAGGUGGCAUCUCCGGCAAGGACGUGUGGGCUGGUCUCGAUGUUCCGGUCUACUUGGUCGGCGGCGCCGAGGACACGAUAACGCCCCCAAGCGAGGUGGACAAGAUCAAGGAGUACCUGUCCGGAAAGGCUCCUUCGUCACCAGAAACUGGGUCUGACGAUGGACACGAGACGAUCGUUGACGCUGCGGCACCGGUCAAUACGUCGAAGAACCCGAAGGACCAUGGACCCGAGAGUAUAGAUGACAUUCGGGAUGAGGAUUUCCAACGCGGUCGUCGACCAAGCGAUGAGACAGACAAUGCUCUCGAGGAUCCAUCCACGCCACAAGAAUCACCAGCAAACGUCCCGCCUCAACCCCGGCACCCUACCAAAGUUGUCAAGUCAAUCAUCAUGCCUGCGCCAGCUAACCAUGCUCUGCUGUUUAACCCCGCCACUGUCAGGGUUCUCGCCGGUCUGGUCUCCGACUUUCUCGCCAACCAUGUCACCGGCCGUUUUUCUCUUGGCUGGCAGUUGCAGUACCUCUCGCGUGAGGGCAAGUGGGAUGUGAAGAACUUGGCCAAGUGGAAGGGAGUGGUUCCUGUGUCUGACCCUAUUGGUCCAAAGGGCAAGCCGGCAGUCUUCAGAGCGAUGAAGACUUUGCGAGAAGCAGAUGACACGCACUGCCCCGCCGAGUUUGUCAAGAACUGGGGAGCCAUCAUCAAGGAUGUCAUCGACAUCAGCCACGACAAGCCAGUAUAUGACCCACGGAGUAUGGAAAAGGGAGGUGUACGGUAUCACAAGUACGCAACGGUAUCCAAGAUUCCUCCCAAGGAUGACGAAGUCGCCCAUUUCAUUUCACUGGUGGACAAGCUGCGAGAAGAGCAGAAGAAGAGAGCAGAGCAGGAGAAGUGGACGGAGGUGAACGGCCAGACGCAGGUGAUUGGCGUUCAUUGUCACUAUGGCUUCAACCGGACUGGGUACUUUAUCGUUUGCUAUUUGGUUGAACGGUGCGGGAUGAAUGUGAGCGAGGCCAUUGACACCUUCAAAGCGGCAAGGCCUAAUGGGAUACGCCACUACCACUUCAGGGACCGGUUGCAUAUGCGAUACUCGGGCUUAAAGCUGGAAGAAGACCAGCAGGAGAGCCAGUAG